AUGUAUAUGAGUCACAAAAAAUAUCUGGAGGAGAUACGGAGGAGAUUAGUAGGAGAUCAGAAGGAGAUUCGGAGAAGAUUUGGGGGAGAUCAAGGGGAGAUGGUGAGGAGAUCGGAGGGCGAUCAGGAGGAGAUGGGGAGGAGAUCAGGAGGAGAUCAAGAGGAGAUAGAGAGGGGAUUUGGAGGAGAUAGAAAGGAGAUCGGGAGGAGAGAGGGAGGAUAUCGGGAUGAGAUCGGGAGGAGAUCGGGAAGAGAUAGGGAGGAGAUCGGGAAGAGAUAG